AUGUCUUGGGAGGAAGUGAAAAGUUUAGGUGAUACAGUGCUGUUUCUUGGCGAUACUACUAAUGCAUGCUGCUCAGCGGCUGAGUUGGGUCUUAGAAAGGGUUAUCUGUAUUACACCUUGCCCAAAGAUCAGUAUUUAUACAUGUUUGAUGUAGAGGACAAAUGCACUACAACUAUCUUGCCUUGUUCCAAGUUGCCAACGCCAUGGUUCUUGUCGGGGUGGAUAAUGAUGCCUCCUCUACCAACCGUCAGUGUUGCCGCUGGAGGAAGAAUAUUGGAAAAUAUAAGCAAUGUCAGACUAGAUGAUUACAUGAUAAAGUCGAAGGAAAUGGAAGAAAUAAUAAGUAAAUCUGACAAUCUGAAUCUGAGGAAAAAACAAAACGAGGAAAAUCUAGAAGAACCAGGGCCUUGGAUGGUUAUUAAUGAGGACAUUGUGGACUUGAUAGCAAGUCAUCUUCAUCCGGUGGAUUUCUUACAUUUCCGUGCAGUUUGCAAAUCAAAUAAGGUUCCAAUAAUGAAGCAGAUUUAUGAAAAUGCUACUUGCUACAAUUUUGUUGACCCAAUGCACAAUAACGAGAAGUACCUCAUGAACCUCCCUGAGUUGCUAGCAGGUGCCAUAAUUCAUUGUCAAAAGGGUGGUUGGCUAUUGAUGUCAAGAGGUAGAUUUACCUUAUUCUUCUACAAUCCCUUCGCCAAAGAGACCAUUCAGCUUCCGGAGUCGCAAUGUAGUUAUGGAUUUUCUGGUAUUUCAUUCUCCUCUUUACCAACUUGCUCGGACUGUGUAGUUUUUGGCAUUACGCAACAAAAUGAAGAAGAGAUUUGCAUUUACGUCAUUAAAAGGAGAGCUGACAGUUGGAGAUUUCCUAUAUUUGAAAAUAGUGAUUUGGAGAACUACAUGCCAACUUUUAACGAACCAUUUUUUCACAAGGGUGCUUUUUAUUGUGUAGAUUAUAACGGAACCUUGGGAGUUUUUAAUGAGCAUAAGUGGAGUUGGAGUGUUCUCAAACGGCCUCGUGGUUUCUCUAAUGCUGCAUAUGUUAGUUUCUUGGUGGAAUGUGAAGACGAGCUUUUAUUGGUGCGAAUUCUUGAAAUGUCUGUUACGAUAUUUCGGUUAGACAGCUUAAAGAUGGUCUGGCGGAAAGUUAAAAGUUUGGGGAAACAUAUCUUUUUGUGA